CUUGUAAGGGAAGGAAAAUGCAAUAGUUUAGUAAAAGGAAAGGAAAACACAGUCGCACACAACACAAUAGAGCAGGAUCAGAGAAGGAACCACCGAACCGAUUCAAACACAAAGAAGAAAGAAGAAAGAAGAAACACAGAGAGAGAGAAAGAGAGAGGGUGAUGACGAUGGACAGAGAGAAAGAGAGGGAGAUUGAACUAGAGAGUGCAAUGUACACAAAUUGCUUGUUGUUGGGUCUGGAUCCAGCAAUUAUCGGUCUCGGAGCAUCGAAUUCAACUCCUCGUGUGGGUCUCUUCCGUCACUCGAACCCUAAAUUGGGCGAACAGCUUCUCUACUUCAUCCUCUCCUCUCUCAGAGGCCCAAUUCAAUCUGCAAAAGAUUUUGAUAAGGUUUGGCCAAUUUUUGAUUCCGCGCAAUCGCGUGAUUUUCGCAAGGUUGUGCAAGGUAUUAUUAGCGAGCUCGAGUCGCAGGGAGCGCUUCCCAGGAGCAAUUCCAGGGUUUCUUCACUUGCUACGUGUUGUGGACCUAGGUUUGUUGAGCUUCUAUGGCAACUUUCUUUGCAUGCUUUACGAGAAGUUCAUCGACGGACAUUUACUGCUGACUUAGCUUCUAACCCAUUGCCUGCACCGUUGACUGAUGUAGCAUUCUCACAUGCAGCUACUCUACUGCCAGUUACAAAGGCAAGAAUAGCCCUUGAAAGAAGGAAGUUUCUUAAAAAUGCAGAAAUGGCUGUACAAAGGCAGGCUAUGUGGUCAAAUUUGGCUCAUGAGAUGACUGCCGAAUUUCGUGGCCUAUGUGCUGAAGAGGCUUAUUUGCAACAAGAGCUGGAAAAGCUCCAUGACUUGAGAAAUAAAGUGAAGUUGGAAGGAGAACUCUGGGAUGAUCUCGUAUCCAGUUCAAGUCAAAAUUCCCAUUUAGUUUCAAAGGCUACUCGCUUAUGGGAGUCUUUAUUAGCUCGUAAAAGUCAACAUGAAGUUCUUGCAUCAGGCCCUAUUGAGGACUUGAUAGCUCACCGAGAUCAUAGGUAUCGAAUCUCUGGAUCAUCUUUGCUUGCAGCAAUGGACCACAGUUCUCAGACUCCUUACUCAGAUGUAUUGUCUGGGCAGCAUAUGGAUUUGAAUGCAGUACAAAUGGAUAACGAGGAGAAUGAUGGAUCGCAUUUUAGCAGUGAGACAUCGACAAGAGUGGAUGACAGAACUGGAAGAGUCCACCAAACUGUUGAUGUGGCAGAGGUUAUACGACGAUGGACACAUGCUUUGCAACGUAUUCACAAGCAAUCACUUCUACUGGCAAAAGCAAAUGAUGGAGAGGGUCCAGAUAUAUUGCGCAGUGCGCAGGAAGAAGGUUCAGGUGGCCAUGCUGAGUCUUUAGCAGCAACCCUUGCUGAGCAUCAGCAACACUUGGCUAGCUUCCAGGUGCUUAUUAACCAACUCAAAGAUGUUGCUCCAACAAUACAGAAGUCUAUUUCAGAGUGUACAGAAAAGGUUAACUGCAUAGCCUCCAAUCUACCUCCAAUGAACAGACAUCAUGGUCGGUCAACGUCACCUGUCCAAGCACAGAGUAGUGGGAGGAUGGACAGCAGCAAUGAUGACGUUGGUGAGGUGACUUCAAGAAUAUCUAAUUUUCAGCUUGACAAAGUUUCUGCUAGUCCCCCCACUUUAAAACUCCCUCAGUUAUUUAGCUUGACCCCAUCUUCUGGAAAAGCUGGAAAUGUGCAAAGGCGGCAUGGUAAUGCUCCUCAAACCAGCCAAACAAGCCUAACAGAAAACCUUUCUGAUCGGAAAUCUUUGGAUCGUCCUUUAAAUAAUGAAGUAGCAAGUUCAGAAGGUAGUGAUAGUUCCUUUGUCAAGAAUUUGAAGAGGUCUGUAAGAGAAACAGCAUUGUCAGUACGGUCAUGCAAUUCAGAGUCGUCAAGGGACAGUCAUUCUGAUGGAAGUUCUGAGCACUUCUUUGCUCCUCUUUCAGAAACAGGCUUUUCUCAUUUAGAUGCUGAAAAAAGGGCAGCUUCGUCGAGGAGCAAAAGGUUAUUUGAGUCUCAAAUGGGUGAUUCCUUUUUUGAGAGUCAUGCAUCUGAUGGGCAUGGGGAGAGCAUUGAUGAAUUUCCUGAUAUGUUAACUGAUUUGGAAAUGCUUUCUGAUUAUGACCAUGUAAAUGGGUUUCUCUCAUAUACUGGUUCCAAUGCAACAUCUGACGCCCAACAGUCAAUUUUUGACUUUGAGGAUGCACAGGAUCAAGUGUUCUCUCCACCUUUGCUAAUGGACUCAACACUUCUGGCUGAUUCAUUUGAAGACUUGCUGGCCCCCCUCUCCGAGACUGAAACAGCUUUGAUAGAUCAUUGAAACUUUUCUGGGAAACCUCUGAAACUUGAGGAAAUGGCAUGAUUGAUUUGGCGGAUUGCUAUUCUUCUGUUGGGAAUUCAUUCCGUUCGCCUUCUAUAACACGAUACUUUGUAUGAUUUGUGGUAUUCUUGUUUGGUAUGUUUUCACCUUUUGUUUACUCUGUUGACUCCCCCUACUGCACUCAGGGAACUGUGAGUGUCGCGGUUUCUUCAUUCUUCAUUGAAUAUUGAUGAUUUACUUUGGGAUGAAGAUGCUAAAAUGCAAAUAGUGCAAGCUGGAUUGGAUGGUAAAGUUGUGCUCAAUCAGAUAACUAGAGUGUGAGCUUGAAUUUCCGUUGACAUUUUCAUCCACUUGAGUAAACAGAAGUCCCAGCGAAGCCUUCCUAAAAAAAUUGGUGGAUAUGACAAACGCAGUUCUGGGAUUUCUGCCGCAACCUGCAUUCCUCUGGCAUCCAUUUUUAGCCAGUUGUGAUCCCUCCAUGAAAUUAAUUUAUGUACUAUACAGUUGUGCAUCACAUGAAUUAGGUCUUGUAUCUUGGGAAAUAUAUCAGGAAUGAAAACUCACGUCGUUUUCUUAUAAUUUUCAGAGCAUGUUCCUUUUUUAUUUUCA